AUUUUCUGUUUGUCUUGUACUUCAGUUGUUUUGUUCCCUUUUUCCGACAUUUGAGUUUCAUUUUUUUAUGUUCCUCUUCAGGUGUUCUUUCUUCAGGUAGCUUUGUGACUAAACUCUGUAGUUGUCUGCUCCUUUGCUCCUGGUUUCCACUGACAACAGUGCAGGCUUGUUUUUGCUUUAUCACUUCUUGAUGUUCUCUAGUUUUUCUGUGCCUAUGCUUUCAUAUUUUAUUGUCCUGUCCUCCUGUUUUUCUGUUGCCUCUGCUUCACCUCACUAUAACCUCCCUCCAUCCUCUUCUCUUUCACUCAAGUUUGUCUUUUGUCUAUGUAGCUCUACACGUCUGCACAAUGGGAAAAACAGACUUGUAUUCUCUGUAUAAGGGUUUUCUGGACUGCAUUUGCCUCUGCUUCACUAGCAGCGAUAAGGCUGCAGGCAACAAUGCGAGAGACCCAGAGAAUGGUCACCUGAUCUACAAAUGUGGGGACGUCCUCGAGGAUAGAUAUGAGAUAGUGAACACUUUAGGCCAGGGCACUUUUGGGAAGGUGGUGCGUUGUUUGGACCACAGCAGAGGAAGAAAUCAGAUUGCUCUAAAGAUCAUUAAGAACCUGGAGAAAUACAGAGAAGCAGCCAAACUGGAAAUCAAUGUGCUGGAGAAGAUCAGUGAAAAAGACCCACACAACAAACAUCACUGCGUGCGGAUGCUCGACUGGUUUGACUACUACGGCCACGUGUGUAUCUGUUUUGAGCUGCUGUCUCUCAGCACCUUUGACUUCUUGAAGGCAAACAACUUCCUGCCUUAUCCAAUUAGCCAGAUCCGACACAUGGCCCACCAGAUCUGCCACGCUGUCAGCUUUCUCCAUGACAACAAGCUGACUCACACUGACCUGAAGCCUGAGAACAUCCUGUUUGUCAACUCAGACUACUCCCUCACAUACAACACUGACAAGAAAUGCAAUGAGAGGAGAAUAAAAGACACCACAGUGCGGCUAGUUGACUUUGGCAGCGCCACCUUUAACCAUGAACACCACUCUGCCAUCAUUUCUACACGUCACUACCGAGCUCCAGAGGUUAUUCUGGAGUUGGGUUGGAGUCACCCUUGUGAUGUGUGGAGUAUCGGCUGCAUCCUGUUUGAAUACUACAAAGGCUUCACACUGUUCCAGACUCAUGACAAUAAGCAGCAUCUUGCUAUGAUGGAAAGAAUACAGGGACCAGUUCCUCAGCGAAUGAUCCAGAAUAGCAGAAAGCAGAAGUACUUCCACUGUGGGCGUCUAGACUGGAAUGAGUGCUCCAAGGCUGGACGCCACGUGAAGGCGAAAUGCAAACCGUUAAGGAAGUAUUUGUUGUCACAUGGAAGAGAACACCACCAGCUGUUUGACCUCCUGGAGAAAAUGCUAGAGUAUGAGCCCUCAAAACGUAUCUGUCUUCCAUCUGCCCUGCAUCACCCUUUCUUCCUGCCCCUCGUUCAUCCAGAAAGAAAUCAAGUGUGGAGGAACAGCUGUGAUAUGAGCAGAUGACCCCUAAGAGGAAAAGUUGACAAACACUGUGGAUGUAAGGAGUCUUAGGGAAAAAGACCCCACAGUAAUCAUUUUAUUGAGGUGAUAAUCCCACAAGCCAUGAAAGAAUAUACUCCUUGUGAAGUCACUAAUGGAGACACUAGUGAAAGAGUGAGGAAGGAUAGCUGAAGAUUGGGAUAAAUGUGAGCUGGAGCCAGAUUCCUGGACGGACACACUGGACGGGUGGUUCUGAUGAAACUGAAGGUCACUGGGGUGGAGAUAGGUCAUAUGAAUCAGACUCUGGAAUGACAGCUGGUCUUGGUUGAAGUGUCCUCAGUCAGCUGAUUGAGUUAUAAGUGGGAUAAAGAAACAAAUCUAAGGGAAAUUAAGGUGUUAAGUAAAUCAAAGCAAUUUUAUUCACAUUAUGUAACAGAUUUCACUAUAAAUAAUCUCAAUUUACCUUUCAUCAAAGAAGAUUGUUAUAAUUAUGCAGCAGCUGAUUUUUGGCCAUGGGGGCAUCAGAAACAAACAAUGAACAAUUUUAAUACAUCAUGUAUUUUUAACUGGGAGGCUUUUUGGUACAAUCACCAGAUAUGGAGCAUUAUUUUGGAGACAUGGUGAAUAUACUUCCAGUAUUCACUCUCUUUUAGCUCUGUUUUGGUCUCCACCAGGUCCUGUCAGAAAUGUCUGGCCCUAUCUGCUAAAAGCUCCAUUAUGUUUCUCCUUGCAUCGGGCGCUGAGCAGGUAUUAUACAGUCAGUUUUUAAAACUGUGUUUUCUGCAAACAACUGCUUGCUGCUGCUGCUGAAAACAACACUGAUGAGUGAACCAAAACAGUAAAGCCGCUGGCCAGAAAACCAAACACUGAGCUCAAAGAUGAUGUGAUUGUAGAGCUGAAGGGAACUGCAGUGUUUCUCAUGUUUCACGUAGAAGUCACAGUGAUGAUGUCAGUAUUAAAAAAGGAUGAUAGCAUCUUUAAAGACUAAUCCACCUUUACUUCUGAACAUUUGCUAAGCCUCGGUACAGUUCUGUGUUGCAUCUUGCAGUACUUUUUGCUGAACAGUUUCAGAUUUUAUGUGUGUUUCCUACUAUUACAAGGUUCCAUUUGGUCACCCUUCAUUUUAGUAAAUUCUUAAAACAGCAUUGUAUUUGUCAGUUUUAUAUUAUUUUUCUGUGAUAAUGCGGUUAAGUGCAGAUUG